CCUACCUCGCCUUCGUCCGCGCAACGAUCUGUGUGCCCUUUCCACUCUAUAGUCUACACUCGGCUUCCUCAAUGACCUCCUUCGCCGUUCGGUCGGUGAUACGCUCCGUCUCCACAUCAGCACGAGGCGCCGCCGUCUUAAUCUCGGCUGGUACCAAGCCCAAGGCUUCUCCUUCCCCUUUUCGCGUCCCGACUCAGAAACCCCUUUCCGCUCGCAUUUUCAGGUCACCUGUGGAGAUGAGUAGCGUGGCUUCUAUGCUACCGUACCACACCGCAACUGCCUCUGCGGUUCUGACUUCUAUGCUCUCUUUCGCUCCACGCAGCCACGCUUGGACUCUUGAAGGUAAUUCUUUUCAUUCCCUUCUAUACUGCUCACAGUUACUAAAACCUCAACAAAGCCCUACGCUACCUCUUCCGCUCACACACGCCGUAAAUCUGACACUCCACAGUCUACGCCUCAGCUCAGCCACCGCCAUGGCCUCCUUCGCCGCACGGUCAGUCUUGCGCUCGGCUUCCACCUCCGCCCGAGGCGCCGCCUCCAGAAUCUCGGCCGGUGCCAAGCCCAGAGCUUCUCCUUCCCCUUUCCGUUUCCCGACUCAGAAACCCUUAUCCGCUCGCAUUUUCAGGUCACCUGUGGAGAUGAGCAGCGUCAGCGUGGCGUCUAUGCUGCCUUACCACACCGCAACUGCCUCUGCAAUUCUCAAUUCCAUGCUCUCUGUUGCUCCCCGUGGCCACGCUUGGACUCUUGAAGAUCCUGUUCAAGAAGAUAUCAAUGGCCAAAAAAGACUAGAUGAAGGUCGUGAAAUGGAGGUGAAGUGAAUAAUUGUUUACUAUUCCCCAUAGACCAGUUUAUCAAUCCUUCGUCUGGGAAAAAAAGAGAGUAGAAUUUCCAUUGAUUAGAACCUAUUGACCAGUAUAUUCAACCAUUUUGUAGAAAUAAAACCAUGAUUGAUUUUUAUGAUUUGUUAGAUUUGUGGCCAAACUUCUGUUGGCCAUAAUACUUGGUGGUGUUUUCUUUGCUAAUAGCUUUAGCUACAACUCUUAUUAUUGAAACAAGAUUAAGGAAGAAUAUUGCCCGUUAGGCUUCAAUUGAAGCUCAAUUUGGUAUUUCCAACUGAAUCCUGAAAGUUGUAUGAAAAAAAAGAGUGGUUGGCUUUCAAUCCUUGGCUUGUAGAUUAUUGAUUUCCUUACAAUCUGUCGCUUGUUGGAGCUACUAAUAUUUUCAAACGUAGAUUGAUUAUAAGCUCUUAUGGACUAAAAAGUAAUAUGAUACUGGUUCUGCCCUUAUUGGACUUCAGAGGAUAUAUUUGCUUAUAAGAAUCAAUAUCGGCCCAGGAAUUACAAUAACGCUUAGAAUUCUACAACACUAAUUUGAUCAUUUCCGUUUUUUUUUCUUUUAAGAUCAAUGUCCAUUAUCAGAAUGUGUUGUUUAUUCAAGAAACACGGACAUCUUUGGUUUUAGUUUUG